UAAACCACGUGAUUGAAACGCCAGAACGGACGGAUAAGUGGCUGGAGCUCGUGGCCUCGCUUACCCUCAUUCAUGAAUCUUGCCCGCCAUUCGAUCUCUGCGACUGCCCCAAUACACAUAUUUGACGCUAGUCCGCUACUCCCGCUGGCUUUUGCCGUUUAUCGUACUUGGCCGCUGACCCUCCUCCGCAAGCGCGAGCUUACUGGAGGUACUUUGUCCGCUGUUAUCCCCCUUCAUACUUCGUCUCUUCUAUUUCUUCUUGGUGGUGGUCGAAGUCCGCUCUACCCUCCAAACAAAGUCGUGCUCUGGGACGAUGCUAUCGGGUGCGAAGUAGCCGAGCUCGAGUUUAGAGAAAGGGUCCGGGGACUUGCCUGCAGACGUGGAUGGCUUUCAGUAGCACUCCGUCGUAGAGUAGUCGUGUUUGAGGUUGGCGAGCGUGUGACACGAUAUGGCGAAUGGGACACUUGCGAUAAUCCCAAAGGCUUAGUAGCUCUUGCGACCGCUGCAUAUUCGACGCUACUUGCAAUUCCAGGCCGUCAGAUGGGCCAUGUGCAGCUCGUACACCUACCGCCUUGUGUUCCUCCCAAGCCCAAGGGUCCACCUUCGGAUGUUCCUCAGAAACCGCCACCGCCUCCAACAAAGCAUCCAGUUUCUAUUAUUGCGGCGCAUACAAGUGCCCUUACAACUCUGACACUACCUCCAUCCGGUAGAUUACUAGCCACGACGUCAUCCCGCGGCACUCUAGUGCGAAUCUGGGACUCGCAUACCGGAAAGCUUGUCCGCGAAUUACGACGCGGAACUGACAAGGCAGAUAUAUUUGGCGUCGCGUUUAGACCGGAUGAGGAAGAACUGUGUGUAUGGAGUGAUAAAGGGACCGUGCAUGUAUUUACUCUCGUCUUGUCGAGCGUCUCUAAUCGUCAAUCAUCGUUCUCACCAUUGACCAACUUUUUACCCCUGCCUAAAUAUUUCGAAUCGGAAUGGUCAUAUGCGCAAUACCGAAUACCAACGCAGUCGUCUCACAUAUCUCUAUCCUCCACGUCUGCGCGAUCCCCAACAGCUGAUGUACCAGACGAGGAACGAUGUGUCGUUGGCUGGAUUGAGGGUCGUAGUGUCGCCUUGACGUAUACCGGUGGCUGGUAUCGACUGUCUUUGCCAUCAUUGGGCCAUUCCGAGCUCAGCACACCCACAGGCUCUAGCGCCUAUCAUGCGACAGGAUCGCCACCCAAGCCGUCGUCCAUGACACGACAGCGCACGCCCAGUGUAUCGUCGGUCGGGAGGUCGGAAAAGGGCAAGGAGAAAGAGAAGGACAAGGAAGGCAAGGAGAAGCGAGAUUGCAUCUUGCGAGAGUUUAGACGAUACGGAAGGUGGGAUGGUUGGGGUUAGAUUUUGUAUUUCGGUUGGAUUAUUCAUGUUUUCUUCAUGUCACUCACUCAUGCACGCUCACACUCUAUAUUUAUACCUCCACAUCCAGCUUUCAUUGUUGUACCAUUGUUAUUAUCUAGUCUACCCUAAUUUGUGAUGAAUACUUAUGUUGAUCUGGUAACGCGAGGCGUGACGA